CUUUUUGGCACUGCGGCAGUGCCGAUAGAAAACGGCAGCUGUUUUCGCACUGCGGCAGUGCCGAUAGCCACUACUGUUUUUUAUACUCAGAUUUUAUUCAUUCUCAGCCAUUCACACCGUACCGGCAUGUAGCGUGGCGUGGCGAAGAGUAUCGAAUUUAUAGUAUUGAACAGAGUCAACUGCUAAAAUGGGAAUGCAGAAGAUCUUGCGAGGUGUAAUGCAGUACCGGGCAACUGUGAAGCCUGGUAUAGUAAAGCAGCUUAAGGCAGUCAGUGACCAUCCUAAGCCCAAAGCUCUUGUGUUCUCUUGUAUGGAUAGCCGAAUGCUUCCAACCCGGUUCACACAGACGGACAUUGGAGAUAUAUUUUUUGUUCGUAAUCCUGGGAAUGUGGUUGUGCCAAGUAAUUUAUGUUCCUUGUCUGAUUCUGUAGAAGGGCCAGCAGCACUGGAUAUGGCAUGUAAUGUAGUAAAAGUUAAGGAUGUUGUCGUACUUGGUCAUUCAGACUGUAAGGCAAUGAAUGCUUUGUAUUCACUAUGCUCAUGUACAAAACAUAAAGAUGAUGAUGAAGUCCCACCAGACUCGCCUGUUAGCCGGUUUCUCAAUCAGGUAGGCAUGGCAACGAUAGAGAAGUUUGAGGCUGUCAGGAAAUGUGAGCCAGGGGCACUGCAUUUCAAGAGUGAAGUGCCUAGCCUUUCAUUUAGAGCAUUCAUAGACCCCGAGAAACAGUUGAGUCUCACAGACAAACUCUCACAGGUGAACACUCUGCAACAGCUUGUCAAUUUGUCAACCCACACUAUGAUCAAACCGCAGCUGCACGAUGGCCGUGUUCGACUUCAUGCCAUGUGGUUUGACAUCUUCACUGGUAAUAUGUUCAUCUUUAGUUCUGAGUUGCAACGAUUCAUUGAGAUACGAGAAGACACUAUAGACCAUCUUUUAAGUAGAGUAAAGCAUAAUGAAUCUAAAGAUCACAUAGAAACACUAACAAACUCAGUAAAGAUGUCAAAAUAAUAUUUAAACUUAAUUUGUAUUUGGAUUCUAUAAACUAUUUUAAUGAUACAUUUUAUUAUAUGUUUUUCAUAUAAAGUACAUUCACCAAAUUAGAGAAAUACAGUAUUAAUUCAAAGUAAUUACUAUAACUGCCAUAUUUUGCCAGCUAGUGCAAUCUCACUUUAUAACCGGGCCCUCUCACUUCACUGUCGCCCACCCAACAGUCCCCCAUUGUAAUAGUUACGCAACUUCGUGAAAACCACUUCAUUUCUUAAUGAACUUUUGAAAAACCUUAAAUGUCUAUUUUUCAUUCAAACAAAAAGGAGGCACAAAUUAUAAAGUUAUACUGUUUAUUCGAUAAUAAAUCAAGCAAAAUCUAAUAUAGUUAGAUUGAGUUGUAUACUUCUACAACAAUAAAUGCAAUACUUUUUUAAACUCACAUAAUUUAAAUUUUAGUUACUAAUCAGAAAUUAUUUUUUAAAUUUUUCAAUUAUAAAUUUAUUGCAUAUAUAUUUGGAAUUGCAUAUUGCAUGUUAGUGAAACAGUACUCGGAAAUAUGCAAAAUCUCAGUUGUAUAGGAGCCCAAUUCAUGUUGCGAUUACGGUACAUACAGGAACACAGCUUUUGUGAGAUUGAUACAGUAUCUUCGUGUCGGUACUUGACUUAGUCCUUUAAGAGGUGUAGUUAGGGUGGGUGAAACCAGAUUCAGUCUCAAGAAAUAAGUUUUUAUAGCAAUUUGAUCUUAUAACCCAUUAAACUUGCAAAAAACAGAAACAGGCCAAAUAUAUGUCAGAAUAUAUCCUGCAAAUAUACAUUAGCUUCUAAACACAAAGUUAUUCUGGAAUAUUUUAAUCUGAAUUGGCGUUCCUUAAUCAUGUUGAAAAUAUUACUUCUAAUCAUGAGUUUCUCAGGGUAACUAUGUUUUCAGCGCCAUUCUCUGCUCAAUGUAAGCAUGCACAAUAUCUUCUUUUUACACCAAAUAUUUAUUGUAGAAGAAUUUUCUGUUUCGUUUAAUAUUUACUUAUUUAUUGCAUUUAUAAAUACAUACAUUUGAAGAUUAAACCUUCAUUAUAUUGAACAUAUUGAAUACAUUGCUUAUUGUACUUUGCUCUGUUUUGUCAUCCAAUUGAUUUUACAAGAUAACUGGGUAUUUAGAACAAUGGAAUGAGCCAACUGCUCAGAACUACCAUUUUAUUGUUUUUAAGAUGUAUCAUGUAAUGCCAUUUGGAAAAUUCACAUUUUAUUGUAUACCUAUAAUAUUAAAUACUGAUAUUUAUGAUAAGAA